UUAAAACCGAGGAUAGUGAUACAGAAAAAUAUCAAGAAACGCCGUGUAGUUUAGGGUUCUACUUCUGAAAGUGUAAAGCAGAAUGACCCAAAAUCAAGUUUGUAUCAAAAGUUGGUUUCUGAAUCAAAUUUCAAGGUAGAACCUUUUAAAGCGACCAUCUUUAUUUGGUACAGCCUAUAGGGUUUAGACUUAACUUCCAAAUUUCCAAUUACAGAGUGAAUUCGGAUAAACAGACUUCGUUUUCACUGAUGAAAUGAUGCUUCUUAAUCACUUCACAAGAUUAAUUUCUCCAUUAAACCUCUCUAGAACAAGACUACCCAAUACUUUUACUCUUUUCUGCACAUCCAAAUCUUCUCUAUCCUUCUCAGAAUCUGUCUCAAUUCCUAACUUCUCUACAGAAAUUUCAGAAGAUACCCAGAUAAUAAUUCCUGAUGAUUUAGUCUAUCCAGAAGAAACCCAGAUUGAAAUUCCUAUCGAAAAGCUUUUUAUUCCUCCUGAAACUGAUAUUUCAUCUGGGUCAUUGAGUAAAAGGGUUUUAAGAGGUUCAAAUAUAGUUCUUAGUAAGUAUGCAAGAGAUGCUCAGGUAUCACAAGCUGAGUUUGUGAAGAGCAGUGUUACAACUGAAGAUUGUCCUUCUGAUGGACUUCCUGAAUUUGCACUUGUUGGCAGAUCAAAUGUUGGGAAAUCAUCUCUAGUUAAUUCGAUUGUGCGGCGGAAAAAGCUCGCGCUUACAUCCAAGAAACCUGGAAAGACACAGUGCAUCAACCAUUUCAGGAUAAAUGACAGUUGGUUCUUAGUGGAUUUGCCUGGAUACGGAUUUGCAAAUGCACCCCAUGAAGUUCGAACAGAUUGGAGCAAGUUUACUAAAGAUUAUUUCCUCAACCGCUCAACACUAGUAUCUGUUUUCCUUCUUAUUGACGCUAGCAUUCCAGCAAAAAAGAUUGAUCUCGAAUAUGCUAGUUGGCUAGGUCAAAAUCAGAUUCCAAUGACGUUGAUCUUCACAAAGUGUGACAAGCGAAAAAAGAAAAGGCACGGCGGGAAGAGAGCCGAGGAAAAUGUUGAAGAUUUUCAGGAUUUGAUACGUGAAUACUUCCAAUCAGCACCGCCUUGGAUUAUGACUAGUAGUGUUACAAACCAAGGUCGAGACUAAAUGCUCCUUCACAUGGCUCAGCUUCGGAAUUACUGGCUCAAGCACUAAAACUAACUGUGGCAUUUGGAUUCGAGUGCUCUACCUAAUCUCAGCUUGUUCUUGUUAUGUCUCUAGUUUAACAAAAAUAAUUGCACCAAAAAUUGCACGAAAAUUCAAAAGCGCACUCCCGUGUCUUUGGCUCAGCUUGAACGAAACCAUGCGAGUGUACCUUAAUAGAACACAAGAUCCUAAGUCUCAGUCCUUUUUUUGCCUUAAACAUUAUAUGAAACUGUAAGCAAACUCAAUUUUGUCUACGUUUUUCUUUACCUUGGUCAUGUAAUUAAUCUGUUUUGCAUCUAUUGAAUUUUUUAGACCAGCGCUGCUGAAUUUACAUUUUCAA